CGUCCUGCCCGGCAAUUUAAAGGUCUGUACUGCUUUUCUCUACUGCACAUUUCCUCUGGAGGGAGACGGUUUAUAUCUUUGCUCGGUUAUCUCACGAGAUUAAAGCUGAAAAUGUCUGCUGCUAACGAGAACAGCGCCCGUCUGAAUCAGUUUAAACAUAAAGGAAAAGAUGUAGCAGAGUUGAGACGAAGGAGGAUUGAAGUAAACGUCGAGCUCCGUAAAGCUAAGAAGGAUGAGCAGAUUUUGAAAAGGAGGAAUGUGAGCACUCUGCCGGAUGAAGCCACCUCACCUCUACAGGAGAAAAGUCAGAACUGCCAGACUCAGCACUGGACAGUGGAGGAGAUUGUCAAUGGGGUUAACAGCAACAACCUCGAAACUCAAGUGCAGGCAACCCAAGCUGCAAGGAAGCUGCUGUCUAGGGAGAGGCAUCCACCCAUUGAUCGAAUCAUCAGUGCAGGCCUGAUUCCCAAGUUUGUAGGCUUCCUGGGCAUGUCUCAGUCUCCGCCUAUUCAGUUUGAAGCAGCCUGGGCUCUGACUAACAUUGCGUCUGGGACGUCUGAUCAGACUACAGCUGUGGUGGAAGGAGGGGCCAUUCCAGCUUUCAUCGGUCUGAUCACAUCACCUCAUUCUCAUAUUAGUGAACAGGCUGUCUGGGCCCUGGGGAAUAUUGCUGGUGACGGCUCUGUGUAUAGAGAUAAGGUCAUCAAGCAUGGUGCUAUCGCCCCACUUUUGAGUCUACUUGCUGUGCCUGAUCUUUCUGUGUUUGCUUCUGGCUACCUGAGGAACGUCACCUGGACUUUGUCGAACCUGUGUCGCAACAAGAAUCCUGCACCGCCCCUCGAGGCUGUGAAGCAGAUCCUGCCCACCCUCAUCCGCCUGCUGCACCAUAACGAUAAGGAGGUGCUGGCAGACACUUGCUGGGCCGUUUCAUACCUGACCGACGGUCCUAAUGACAGGAUUGAAGUGGUGGUCCAGACUGGUGUGGUUCCCCGACUGGUACAGCUGCUUGGCUCUGGAGAGCUUUCUAUUGUGACUCCAGCCUUGCGCUCCAUUGGUAACAUUGUCACUGGCACAGACGAGCAGACCCAGGCGGUGCUGGAUGCCGGGGCCCUCCCCAUGUUUGGAGACCUUCUGCGGCACCCCAAGAGCAAUAUUCAGAAGGAAACUGCCUGGACCCUGUCCAACAUCACCGCCGGCAAGGACACGCAGAUCCAGGAGGUCAUCAACGCUGGCCUGGUCCCGUACCUGGUGGACGUGCUCAGAAGGGGAGACUACAAGACUCAGAAGGAGGCAGUUUGGGCUGUGACCAACUUCACCAGUGGAGGCACCAUAGAGCAAGUUGUCUAUCUUGUUCAGGCCAAUAUCCUGGAGCCACUGCUCAAUUUACUGUCUGCCAAGGACAGCAAGACUAUUCUGGUCAUUUUGGAUGCACUCAGUAACAUCUUCCUGGCUGGGGAGAAGAUUGGCGAGACUGAUAAGCUGUGUCUGAUGAUUGAAGAAUGUGGUGGUUUGGAUAAAAUUGAAGCUCUGCAGACACAUGAGAAUGAAAUGGUGUACAAGGCCUCACUAAAUAUUAUUGAGAAAUACUUCUCUGGUGAGGAGGAAGAAGAUGAAUGUGUGGCCCCUGAAGCCACCGCUGAUGGCUAUGCAUUCCAGAUAAAUGAAAACCAAGGCACUUUCAACUUCUAGAUUUUUUUUUUCUUUCUUUCUUCCUGCACUACUGUUCUGUAUGUUCUGUCCUUUUCCAGUCCAUUCUGAUUUGUUCUAUGAAACUGUACAUAUGGAACUGUCUGAAUUUUAUUACUUUGUAAAUAAAGAAAGUGAAACCA